ACAGCCUAUUAUGUAGCUGUACAGACGCGGAAGGUAUUAAACGGCAAACUUGUCGUUAUUUCGCAGUUAAUAAGUUGCUCCUGCAAGAGAGAGAGAGACUGUGGUCAGACAGCGGGGGUCUGAGCGGGGUCCUCACAGGGAAAAAGUUCAGUUCAGAAGUAUAAGCAGGUUGUUACGACGAUGCAGAACCUCAUGGAGAUAAGAUCUCUUGUUUUGCAGUAUCCUAAAACUGUUGGUCUGAUCACGGUAGCAGUUGGAUUUCUCGGUUUCAAGAAAUGGAUGGCAGGUGGAGUGUGUAACAGCAAAGCCCGGCUGGAUGGGAAGACUGUUUUGAUCACCGGAGCCAACACUGGAAUUGGCAAGGAAACUGCUGUUGAUCUGGCCAGGAGGGGCGCAAGGGUUAUUCUGGCCUGUAGAGACAUGGAGAGGGCAAACAAAGCUGCGGCCGAAGUGCGGAACAGAAGCGGAAAUGAAAAUGUGAUUGUCAAAAAGUUGGACUUGGCAUCGCUGCGAUCAGUGCGACAACUGGCCAAAGACGUCCUAGCAAGCGAAGAGAGGCUGGAUGUUCUCAUCAACAAUGCAGCUAUUAUGGGCUGUCCAAAAUGGCAGACUGAAGAUGGCUUUGAAAUGCAGUUUGGUGUGAACCACCUGGGCCACUUCCUUUUAACAAACAGCCUGUUGGACCUUCUGAAGAAGUCUUCCCCCAGUCGCAUCGUCAAUGUUUCCAGCUUAGUUCAUGAAACAGGUCAAAUUUAUUUUGAUGACAUAUACAUGGACAAAGAUUACGACCACAUGAAAAGCUAUUCACAGAGUAAACUGGCGAAUGUCCUCUUCACACGGGAGCUGGCUAAAAGGCUGCGAGGUACCGGAGUAACGGCAUACAGCCUCCACCCUGGAGUAAUCCGGACUGAGCUCCCCCGGCACUUCUGGCCCACAGUGCCCCUGUGGAAGAAAAUUCCACUUAGAAUAUUCAUGCUCACGGCCAAGUCUGCAACACAAGGGGCCCAGACCACCAUCUACUGCGCUGUGGAGGAAAGCCUGCAGAAUGAAAGCGGACUCUACUACAGCGACUGCGCCCGGAAAACAGCAGCUCCUCAGGGUCGGGAUGAUGAAGCUGCCAAGAAGCUGUGGGAUCUGAGUGCCUCUAUGGUUGGUCUGAUAUAAUCACAGUGGCGUUGAUGAUGAUGAUGAUGGUCAUCAGCACCGAUGGACUGCCAAGUGGCCCGAGGAGAGACUGGUGUGCUUUCUAAUCUGCGUGACUACUAUCAGCUGAACUCAGUUGGGAUGCUAUGCUAUGCUGAGCCCUUUAUACAGGGAUGACUUUCAUAAAGCCAUGAACCUUUCCCCAUCACCUGUUAACCAUUAACCUGUUAACCUAAGGAGUGUUCCAAAAGUUUUGGUUGCACAACUUUCCUGGUCUUUGGUUGACCAUGUCCCAACUCGCUUGAAACUUGCUGCUGGAAUCACAUUCAGAAUAAGCAUAUAUUUGCAAGAAUUAAUGAAGUAUAUAAUAUAUAUGGUCUUUGCACUGUUUUCAGUUGAGUAUAUGUCAGAAAGGAUGAGCAAAUGAUCACAUAUUCUGUUUUAUGUUUUACACAGCAUGGGGUUGUACUUAAUGUAACCAAUGAUUAAACAAAUAGAAAACAGAAAUUCACAAGAGAUAGACAUUUAUUCAGAAUCUACAACAAUCUACUUGCAAAAAUACUAUGGAUUAAAUUAAGUUUGUUACUUAAACAGAAGCAAUGCUUCACAGGUAAAUUACAUGGAAGCUGUAUGAUCUUUAGUUUUGAUUGCCAUUAGCGUGAAAUGACAUUUAAUUGACAAGUUUCACCGAUGUGUGUGUUUGAAGGUAACUCAGUGUUACUUCUUUUCAGUCAUAUAAGAAUCACGUGUGCUUUGAACGUUUUUUGUAACUCUGUUAAUUCAACAUUUUGAUAUUUUUUCCUUUCUCUGGGCAAUAAAGUGCUGUUAUACAUAA